AUGAGUCGAGAUGUCCAGCAUGCCCCACCAAUGGACCCGGUUCUGCCAGCGAGACCCGGGACGCCGCCUCCUCGACGGACCUUGGCAACUUCCUCGCGCAUGCAGUAUCGGAGCCGUCCUGUGUCGGUAGCCGUUGACCCCGUGUCUCUCGUCAUAUCUGAGUGCAUAGCCAUCUCUUCGGCUCUCCAGAAACAUGCCCGCUCGCCGCAUUCGUCCGUGUCGGCCAUCCUCGGCGGCAGCCCCAACCUAAUCCAGCUCGUGCCUCCGGGUCCCGGGACCCGCCGCGACCGCAAGUCCUCGGCAACCGAUCCGCUUGGAGACACUUCGAGCGACGUGGCUACGAAUCGGUGGGGGUUAAGGGGGAAGAAGGGCAAGAGCAUGCAGGACAAUCCCCUGAUUUCGGGCUUUGGGAGGUUGCGCCAGGAGCUGGCAGGCGUCAAAGACAUCCACAAGUUCGAUUCCUUGGUGCUGUUAUACCCGUUCCUGCAAAUCAUUCAAGCCAAGGGCACCGCUGCGCCCGUCACGGUCCUCGCUCUGCGAGCCAUCCAAAAGUUCCUAGCCUACGGCUUUAUCGCCCCCAUCUCGCCUCGAUUUGCCCUCGCCAUGCAGUCCUUGUCUGCCGCGAUUACGCACUGCCAGUUCGACAUCAGCGACCCGGCCCAGGAGGAAGUGGUCCUGCUCAUGAUCUUACACUUGAUGGAGGAUAUGAUGUCGGGACCGGGAGGCGAUAUUCUGAGCGACGAAAGCGUGUGCGACAUGAUGGGGCGCGGUCUGACCAUCUGCUCACGCCCGCGCUUCUCAGAGGUGCUGCGCCGGACAGCCGAGGCAUCCAUGGUGCGGAUGGUGCAGAUCAUCUUCGAGGAUCUGAAACAUCUUGAGGAAGAGGCUGGUGAGGAAAGCGAGGCGCUGGACCGCCAGACAAGCGGAGACAUGAAUAAUGUCAAGAUGGACCCGGAAACUAACGGUACCGGUGUACUUGCUUCAGGGGAGCAGCAGAACGAAGCUAGCGAAGCUCCCGAGCCCUCUGUGGAGCCAAGGCGGUCAUCAAGCUCGGAGAAGGCUGGCAGCGCUUCGGCCGCCCCUGCGAGCGCGAGCGCCAGGGCAAGCGCGGAUGCCGGACGACCGAGCACAAGUUCUGUUACUGACAGCUCCGAAUCGGUCGAUCUCCGCCCUUACUCUCUUCCCUCUGUGCGGGAGCUCUUCCGCGUGCUGGUGAGCUUCCUGGAUCCUCACGACCGGAAACACCCUGAUCAGAUGAGAGUCAUGGCUCUGCGCAUCAUCCAUGUCGCGCUGGAAGUGGCAGGGCCCUCAAUCGCCCGCCAUCCUGCGCUGGCGACUAUCGCGGAGGAUCAGCUGUGUUGCUAUCUUUUCCAGCUCGUCCGGUCCGACAACAUGGCUGUGUUGCAAGAAGCGCUGAUUGUAGCGAGCACGCUGCUCUCAACAUGCAGAGGAGUUCUCAAGCUGCAACAGGAGCUGUAUCUGUCGUAUCUUGUAGCUUGCCUUCACCCCGCUGUGGAAAUUCCCCGAGAGCCAGGGAUCGACCCAAGCCUCUACUCGGGCAUCCCGCAGUCCCCAAAGCUGGUUAAGCCUUCCCCGUCACAAGCCAGCAGUGGCCGCUCCACCCCCGUGGCUGUUAAGGACCGUCAGAAACUCGGUCUGGAGGGCAGCGCUCGCAAACCCGAUGCAAGACAGGCAAUGGUUGAAAAUAUUGGCGUCUUGGCGCGCAUGCCUACGUUCAUGGUUGAACUCUUUGUCAACUACGACUGCGACGAAGAUCGCGCGGAUCUGUGCGAAGAUCUGGUUGGCCUGUUAUCGAGGAAUGCGCUUCCCGACUCGGCCACCUGGAGCACGACGAGCGUUCCGCCGCUCUGCCUUGAUGCCCUUCUACGCUUCAUACAGUUUAUAGCGGAGAGACUAGAUCAGACACCCGAGACGGAUGGAUACCCUGACCCGGAAAUGCUGAGGGAGAGGAGGCGCAGGAAAAGGCUCAUCAUCAAGGGUACCACCAUGUUCAACGAGAACCCUAAGGGCGGCCUUGCCUAUCUCCAAGAAAAGGCCGUGAUUGACAAUGCCAGCGAUCCGCAGUGCGUCGCCAAGUUCUUGAAAGGGACGUCGAGGAUCAAUAAAAAGAUCCUAGGCGAAUUCCUGUCGAAGAAGGGCAACGAAGCGAUCCUGGAUGCCUUCAUGGACCAAUUCGAUUUCACCGGCAAGCGGGUAGACGAGGCUCUUCGAGUUGUUCUAGAAACGUUCCGUCUCCCUGGCGAGUCGCCGUUGAUUGAGCGCAUUGUCACCUCCUUUUCGGAAAAAUACUGCGCCAGCUCGGUCCCUGAAGGCGUGGCAAACAAGGACUCUGUCUUUAUCCUCACAUAUGCCAUCAUCAUGCUAAAUACUGAUCAGCAUAACCCCACGAUUAAAAACCAGGCCCGCAUGGCCUAUGCCGACUUCUCCCGCAACCUUAGGGGCCAGAACGGUGGUCAGGACUUCCCGCCUGACUAUCUUCAGGACAUCUUCGACGCAAUCAAAACCAACGAGAUCAUCCUCCCAGAUGAGCAUGACAACAAGCGCGCGUUUGACUAUGCCUGGAAGGAGCUGCUGCUCAAGACCGAGUCAGCUGGCCCACUUGUGCUCUGCGACACCAACAUCUACGACGCAGACCUGUUCGCCACGACCUGGAAUCCCAUCGUUUCAUGUCUCUUCUUCGUGUUCAUGUCAGCUACUGAUGAUACGGUCUAUGCCCGCGUCAUUACUGGCUUCGACGAGUGUGCGCGGAUUGCGACCAAGUACGGCAACUCGGAGGCGCUGGACGAGAUCAUCUACCGGCUCUCGUACAUCUCGACGCUAAGCAGCGAGACCCUCUCCAAUACGUCCCUCAAUACCGAGGUGCAGGUUGGCGACAACAGCGUCAUGGUAAGCGAGCUGGCCGUCAAGUUUGGCAGAGAUGUCCGGCCGCAGCUAGCUACGCUGGUGUUGUUCCGUGUCAUUACGGGCUCCGAGCACGUCAUUAAGAAGAGCUGGAAGCAUAUCAUCCGUAUAUGGCUCAACCUCUUUGUGAACAAGCUCAUACCUCCGUUCUUUUCCACGGAGGCUGACAAGCUUGCGCUACCAUCGAUCCCCCUGCAACCGCCGUCGCAAGUGGUUGACCGCGGCGCUAAGCAGAACGAGUCGGGCUUCUUCUCGGCGUUUACGUCGUACAUUUCGAGCUAUGCCGCUGACGACCCGCCCGAACCGUCUGACGAGGAGCUGGAGAGCACGCUCUGCACCGUGGAUUGCGUGAACCAAUGCCACAUGGGUGAUGUAUUUGCUAACAUUGCAAAUCUUCCUAGCAGUAGCCUCGAGGCUCUGGUCGACGCUCUGCUUGACCAGAUUCCUGAAGACAGCGGGUCAGUUGUGAUAACGGUCAAGGCCGAAAACAUUCCUCCCUCUCAAGCCAAUGGCCAGAAACCGCGGCAGAGAAGCGCUGUUUAUGACCCUGCCUUGGUUUACAUCCUUGAAUUCUGCACUGUACUCGCUCUGCGCGACGAUAGUACCGUUGAGCUCCUCGGGAAACGAGUGACAGAGGCGAUCCAGGCUAUUCUGAGGGAUGUGCCGCGGUACCACCCGAUUCUCAUUGAGCGGGCAACCUUUUACCUCUUCUCCUUACUUCAGGCUAGCUACGACUACGACUACAUCCGGGUCCCUAUUCUCCUGCACACCGUUUCAAGCUUCCCUAAUGACACGCUAGUCAAGACGUCCGGCCUUGUCCUGCGCGGACUCAAGCUCUGCAUCGAGAAGCCGAGCCCGAUGAGGAAUGAGAUCAUGACGUCGCCGGAUUUCUGGGCAAUACUACAGGCACUCGCAGUGCAUGCCGAGUCAGCGCCCGUGGUAUUUGCCAUUCUGGAGAGCGGCGUCUCGGCCACGCCACCGGCCAUCAUGGCGGAUAACUACGAGGCGGCUCUGGCGCUGCUGAAUGAGUUUGCCUCGAUGGCUAGCGUGGGCGCCGUUGCGGAGCAGAAGAACGACCGGAGACAGGGGAGGAAGGGAGGGAGGCCUGUAAAGCAGGAGAAACCGAGUGAGAAUGCUGUGGUAGAACGGGGCGUCAAGGCCGUGGAGAACAUCUAUCGCUUGACUACCCGCAUCCCGCAUCUCAUGAAGCAGUCUCACCUGGAGAGCAACGAAGCAUGGUCUGCCUACUGGCUGCCAAUCUUUCAGGCCCUGACGACGCAAUGCACCAACCCCUGCCGCGAAGUGCGGCAUCUGGCCUUUACCUCGCUGCAGCGGUCGCUCUUAUCGCCAGAGCUGACGUCAAGCGACCACGAAGAGUGGACGGCCAUAUUUGGGGAGGUGCUCUUCCCGCUCAUCCUGCGACUGCUGAAGCCCGAGGUGUUUUCGUCGGACCGCGAUGGCAUGAGCGAGACACGUGUGCAGGCGGCGUCGCUGCUUUCCAAGGUGUUCUUGCAGUACCUGGUGAUUUUGUCCGAAUGGGACGGCAUGCUCGACUUGUGGCUAAAAAUCAUUGAGAUCAUGGACCGGCUCAUGAAUAGCGGGCAAGGGGACAGCUUGGAGGAAGCCGUGCCGGAGAACCUGAAGAACGUGCUCCUCAUCAUGUCCAGCAACGGAUACUUGGUGCCGCCCAACAAGAAUCCGGAGCGGGAGGAUCUAUGGAAUGAAACGUGGAAGAGGAUUGAUAGGUUCUUGCCAAACCUGAGGGCUGAUCUGGCGUUGGAGGAGGAGCCCCCGAAAGCGGAGGAGGCGCCGCCGCCUGCAGCUGCACCAAUUCAGGUAGCAGAAGGGAUACAAACGACUGGAGACGCCGUGGCGUGA